UCGGAAUAAAUAUAACGAGGUUUUACUGGACUUCGAUCCUUAUUUCUCAGUUGUGGUACGACGUUACUGAAAUAACAGAAGUAAACAAAGUCACCCAAUCAUGUCACCUUGUUCAUCAUCCUCUCUGAAAAUUGGCAUUGUUGGGCUUGGUUCUUUCGGGCAAUUUUUGGCUAAGACAAUGAUCAAACAAGGGCACACUCUACGGGCAACUUCUCGUACCGAUUACUCCCACAUCUGCUCUCAACUGGGCAUCCAAUUCUUCAGCGAUGUUGUUGCAUUCGUUGAGGCGGACAACGAUGUCAUACUACUAUGCACGUCGAUCUUGUCUCUCUCCCAGGUUCUCAGCUCUAUGCCACUUACUCGUCUCAAGCGACCAACACUCUUUGUUGAUGUCCUCUCGGUUAAAGAGCACCCAAGAGAUGAAUUACUUCGGGUAUUGCCAGAGGAAUCGGACAUACUCUGCACCCACCCAAUGUUUGGACCAGAGAGUGGGAAGAAUGGGUGGAAAGAUCUAACUUUCAUGUAUGAUGAAGUUCGGAUCCGAGAUGAAGCUCUCUGCUCUAACUUCCUUCACAUUUUUAGAAGUGAGGGUUGUAGAAUGCUACAGAUGUCCUGUGAGGAACAUGAUAAAGUAGCUUCCAAGAGUCAAUUUAUCGCACACACUAUAGGCAGGACAUUGGCAGAAAUGGAUAUUAAGUCCACACCUAUUGACACAAAGGGCUUUCAGACACUUGUGCAAUUGAAGGACACCACCACUAGGGAUAGCUUUGACUUGUAUUGUGGAUUAUUCAUACAUAAUAGAUUCGCUGUCCAAGAGCUGGAGAACCUUGAACAUGCCUUGCACAAAGUUAAAGAGAUGCUGGCUCAAAGAAAGAGUGAAGAGCUGGAUCAAAAAAAGGCAGAAUGUUGAUGCAAAAUACGCUUGCUGACA